CCGGUGGAAUGUAGGUGAAAGGUCUGUUGGGUACUUUGACAGCAGUAAGGUGCUUUUGAAGAGCGUUGGACUUGUACUUUGUCACUAAUUGUCGAAGAACAGGUUAGCCAGUGUAUUACUUCCCAAGUUUGCGAUUCCGACUGUUCUUGCAGUCUGAAAUAGAUGUAAAAAGCAAACUCAAUUAGGUAAAUAACGUUAGCUAGAACACCUAGCCAAGCAUCAACGUUACUGACGUUAGGCUUGUUGUCAGCAUUGUCAGUAUUCAGUUAAGCAUUUUUGGUGACUAGCUGCUAGCUAUAGCAGAGACACUUAUAUCUUUAAAAAGACUUUGGCUAUAGUAAGUACGAAGAUGUCUAAGCAACCGCAACCCAUCAGUCCUUUGAAGAACUUCUUUGCAGGGGGUUUUGGAGGUGUUUGUCUGGUGUUUGCUGGUCAUCCGCUCGACACCAUCAAGGUGCGUAUACAAACCCAGGCGAAACCAGCUCCGGGCCAAUCCCCUCUUUAUGCUGGUACUUUUGAUUGUUUCAAGCAGACGCUUGCCAAAGAGGGAGCCAAGGGGCUCUAUAAAGGCAUGGCUGCUCCUAUCAUUGGGGUAACGCCCAUGUUUGCAGUUUGUUUUUUUGGCUUUGGUUUAGGGAAGAAGUUACAACAGAAAUCUCCAGAUGACAUCCUCACGUAUCCUCAACUUUUUGCAGCUGGAAUGUUGUCAGGUGUCUUCACCACUGCCAUUAUGGCACCAGGGGAGCGUAUCAAGUGUCUAUUACAGAUCCAAGCAGCAUCAGGUACCGUGAAAUAUAACGGGCCCAUGGACUGUGUGAAGCAACUCUACAAAGAGAGUGGAAUCCGGGGAAUCUACAAAGGCACAGCAUUGACCCUUAUGAGAGAUAUACCAGCCAGUGGGAUGUAUUUUAUGACGUAUGAGUGGCUUAAACACAUCCUAACACCAGCAGGAAGGAGGAUGAGUAUUGAGAUACCAGCUGGUUUAACGGACUUAUUGAAAGGCUAUACUGUGGAGGUGCUUCGCUCCAGACCGCCGGACCUGGUGGAGUUUGCCAUUCAAUAUUUCAGCCGCCUGAAAGAAAGUAACACUUCGCGUCCAAGUUCUCGGCCUCUCGACCCUACCCAGCCGCAGCCUGAGCGCAAAGUGGUAUCGUUUGAGGAUGAUGCGCAACCAAGCGGGCUCAGUGCAGAUGAAGAGGACGACGAGUUUUCCGACGAACUUCACUUUAAACCUCCUCCUCCAAAGUUCACCCGUCGAGUAUCCGUGUGUGCUGAGGCAUAUAACCCAGAUGACGAUGAGGACGGUGACAAUGAACCACGCAUAGUGCAUCCCAAAGCUGAUGAGCAACGGCAGAGGCUACAGGAGGCCUGUAAAGACAUCCUGCUGUUUAAAACCCUUGAUCCGGAGCAGUUCUCUGAAGUCCUGGAUGCUAUGUUUGAGGUGCUUGUCAAGCCCGAGGAGCAUAUAAUAGACCAGGGGGCUGAUGGGGACAACUUCUACGUCAUUGAACGUGGGGUGUAUGAUAUUCUGGUAAAAAAGGAUGGAGUAAAUAUCUGUGUUGGUAAAUAUGACAACAAAGGCAGCUUUGGGGAGCUGGCCCUCAUGUACAACACACCACGGGCCGCCACUAUCAUUGCUAAACAGCAGGGGGCACUGUGGGCUCUGGACCGUGCAACAUUCCACAGGCUGAUUGUUAAAAAUAACGCCAAAAAGAGGAGAAUGUAUGAAGCCUUUGUUGAAAGUGUACCUCUUCUCAAGAGUCUUGAGUUGUCUGAACGAAUGAAGAUUGUGGAUGUAUUGGGAAUGAAAUCCUUUAAAGACGGAGAGCUGAUUAUUUUGCAGGGGGAUGAGGCUCAUUGUUUUUACAUUGUGGAGUCUGGUGUCGUCAAGAUUAUGAUGAAGAGCAAAACCAAGGCAGGUCCAAUGGCCAAUGAGGAAGUGGAGAUUGCCCGCUGCUCCAGGGGCCAGUAUUUUGGGGAGCUGGCACUAGUCACUAAUAAGCCACGUGCUGCAUCUGUGUAUGCAGUGGGAGAGACCAAGUGCUUGGUGAUGGAUGUGCAGGCAUUUGAGCGUCUGCUUGGUUCCUGUAAGGAGAUCAUGAAGAGAAAUAUUGCCUCCUACGAGGAGCAGCUAGUGGCCCUCUUUGGCUCCAGCGCUGACUUGCGGCACUAGCAUGCGGAUGUGAAUUUUUGCAAUGUCGUAGCAGGCAACCUUUUUUGUGACAUGAAACAGCUUAAUUCGAUCUUUUGUUUGUUCCAUCAGUGUGUUCGCAGAGAUAACUAAAAUUGUAGGAUUUUUAAAAAAUGGUAGCAGUAAUACCUUCCUGUGCUGCGGUGCUUAGUGAGUGGUUGCACAUGAUCCUUUACCACCACCAUGUAGCAUGUAAACCUUCAUUUAUAACUUUUCUGUUACACUUUUUAGGGUUCUGGUCUGUUGACAUUCCUAAUAAACACAUUCAUACAAGUAAGAGA